AUGGAAGAUAUCGAAUUUCAUUUUAUUAAGAAUGAAAUAAUAAAAAUAGGAGAUAAAUUAAUAGAUAGUGAAGAUAUUUUUGAAUUAUGUAAGAAGAUAAGUAAGAGUAAAACAAAACAAUGUAUUGACACGAUACUAGAAUGUAUAUUUUAUAUGCCUGUUAAGAUAGGUAUAUAUGCUACAAUAUUAGGUAUAAUUACGAAGAAUAAUGAGAAAUUAAAAUUAGAUGUUGUUUUAAAAUUAAAUCAUAAUAUUGAAGUAUUUAUUAAGGAUAAACCAUUACAAUGUUUAUUAUGGUUUCGUUGUAUAAUAUCGUUAAGUUGUUGUUAUAUAUACGAUUUUAAAUAUUGUUUAGAUUUAUUUCAUAAAUUGUAUGAAUUAUGUAUAGAAUUAUAUAAAGAGAAGAAAUAUAUUAAGGGUGAUAAUAUUUUAUAUAUGCUUUUAAGUAAUUUUUUUUAUAUAUCUAAAAAUAUAUAUGAUGAAAACAAAGAAGUAUUGGAUAAUUUAUUAAAUAAUAGUUUUGAAUUGAUUGAAAAAAGACAAGAAUGUAUUGAUAAUAUAGAUAUAGAUAAUAAUGAUGUAACAACUAUAGAAUAUAUUUAUAUUUAUAUUAAUAGUAUAAUACAUAGUGAUAAUUUUAAUGAUAGGUUAUAUUAUUUAAAAAAUGCUUUAAAUAAAUAUUUAGAAAAUAAUUUGAAAAGUGUGGCAACACAUAGAUUUUAUCAAAAGCAAAUAUUCCAAGAAGUAUUUUUAAAAGAAAAUAGUGAGUUAGAUGAUCACGUAUGGAAUAUAGAAAGUAUUACUACGAAUAUAUUAGAGAGGAAUAAAUUAAGUGAUCAAAAUGAUGGCGCCAAAAAUGAUGCAAAUAAUAAUAAUAAUAACAAUAGUGGAGACCCAUCUGUGGGUAAUUUAAAAACCAAUCUAAUAACAUUACCUUCUAUAAUUGAAAAAUGUAUUAAUGUUAAUCAUUUUAUAAAUUAUGAAUGUGUUGAAUAUAUUAGUAGCUUACAAAUUGAUUUUAGAAAAAAGAAAAAAAAAACAUAUAAAAAUAUGCAUGAUAUAUGGUUAAUACAAGAACAUGUAUUACAUAUAUUAGAAUUGUAUAAAGAUAGUGUUGAAUUUAGUUCUAAAGUAUUAGGAAUAUAUGUACAACUACAAAGCAAAUUAUAUAAUAAUAUAUUAAUAGAAUGUAUUGUAAAUAAAUUAUUAUGUUCCUUUAACCAAAAGAAUUAUUAUUUUUAUAUAUCUUUAAUUAAUAGGUUAUUAUUAAUAAAUAAAAAUUUAGGAACUGUUAUUAUUAGAUGUAUUAAGUAUAUUUUAAGGAGAGUAGGAACAUUAGAUAACGAGUCAUUUUAUUUAUUCAUGGAAUUAUGUUUAUGCAUGUUGACAUUUUUUUCGUAUGAACAUAAAUUAUUGAAAAGUAAGGAAAAUUUCUUUAAAAGAAAAUAUAAGGACAUGAAUAAAAUUUUGAAGGUACAAGGGGAGAACAUGCAAAAUAAUGUGGAUGAAAUAGCAGGAGGUGUAAAUGAAUCGGAUGGGUUGAAGAAUAAAAAAGGAAAAAAGAGAACUCGUGAUGAGAUUGAAGAUAAUGAUAAUAUUGAUGAUAAUAAUGAUGAUGAUAAUAAUGAUGAUAAUAAUGAUGAUAAUAAUGAUGACAAUAAUAAUGAUAACAAUAAUAAUGAUAACAAUAAUAAUGAUAACAAUAAUAAUGAUGAUGAAUUAAAUGAAAGUUCAGAGAAACAAUUUCCAUUCAAUAGAAACAAUAAAAAAAAUGUUGUUAUAUUAAAAAAGAAUGAACAAACCUUAAAUGAAUUAAAAAUGUUAGAUAGUAAAAUUCCUUUUUGUAUAGAAGCUGAUGUAAAAUAUAAUUCUGAUGAAUAUAGUGAUGAUGAAUAUUUGUGUGAAGAUAAUAAUAAUAAUAAUAAUAAUGAUGAUGUUGAUAAUAAUGAUAAAGAUGAUUACACGUUUGAAGAAAGUGAAAAUGAUAUUGUUGAUAAUAAUAAUGAUUAUAUUUUUGAUUAUGAAACAUUUAAUGAGGAAUUAGAAAAAUUAGAUUUAUCAGAGAAUUUAAAACAAUUUACAAAAUUAGUGUAUUGUGUUGUUAAGAAGAAAUAUUUUAGAAAAUGGAGUCGUAAUUUUUAUUUUAAAUCUUGUUCGUUAGUUUAUAAAAAUGAGUUAGAGAAUUUGAUUCCUAGAUGUAUUAUUAAUUAUUGUAAUAAUUUUAAAUGUGUUAAUGAUAAUAAACAUGAUGAAUUUCAUGAAUAUUUAAUAUUUAAUAGUAUGAUAAAAUAUACAUAUGAUGAAAUAAAUAAUAUACAAGAUAGAUCUUUACUUUUAAAAAAAAAUGAGAAUCAUACAAAAGAUGAUGCAAUUAAAAAAUUUAAUGAAUCAAUGAAUAUAAUAAUUCAAGGUUUUAUGAACUUUUUAAAUGGUAAAUCAUUUUUAAAUAAUGUUCCUUUAUUUUUUGCUAACUUAUCACAAAAUAUAAUGAAUAUUAUAACUAAUAUUUCGAAUAAUCAUAUAGAUGGAAAUAUGUUUAAUAGUUAUGUAUUUGAAAAUGAUUUUUUAAAAGAUACUAUUUCUUGGAAUAGUUAUGAUUUAUUUAUACUUUUUUUUAAAUCACUUAUACUAUUUGAUUCUUCUAAUGUUUCUUCAUUAAAGCAAGCAUUCAAAAAUCAUUCUAUUAUACUUCUUAAUUACAAAGAAGCUCAAAAUUUUUCGUCAGAUGAUGACAGGAGAGUAUUUGAAAUGGACCUAAUUAAUAUUGUAUAUUCUCAUUUUAAUAACUCAGUACUCUUAAAUAUUGUAAUAAGUUUGUUAAUAGAAAACUUAAUAGUGGAUGAAUUUUCUGUAGUGCAUUUUGUUUUGGAAAAAUUGGAUGAUGCCAAUUUGGAUGAAUAUUAUGUUGUGAGAUUACUAUAUGAAGGAAUUAAUAAUCUUAUUAUAAUAAAAGAAGCUAACGAUAUUGAAAAAAAUAAAUUGAGAAGGAAACAAACGCGAAAUGAAAAUGAAGAACAAAUAAAUGAAUUAGAGAAUAAAAAGAAUGAAUUACUUCAGAAAAUAUUUCAUUUGUGUAAUAAAUCUAUUUUUAUGUUAUGUGAUAAAAUGAUGAAAUUAAAAACAUCAAAUAAUUCAUAUAUGAGUAAAGAAUUAUUAAAAGAAUCUUUAGUAUUUUUAAGGACGUAUCUUUCAUAUAUUGAUGUUGAUCAAUUCUUACAAUUGUGUCAUGAAAAUAAUUUUGAAUCGGAGUUAUUAGAGCUUGCUACUAUAUUUAAGUAUGCAAGUAUAAAAAGUAAAAAUAAAGAAAACUAA